CCAUGUCUGAACACACGCAUAUACCAGUCAUGUUACGCUCGGCGCUCAAGCAAUCGUCACGGCCGAGCUCUCCCUCUCUGCUCCCGUCAUCCUCCAUGCCUUCAUCCCCGCCGUUAUCCCCGCUACCUUCUUCGUUUUUGACCCUCCCAGCCUCGACGUCGCGACUACCGCCCCUCUCGUCCUCCUCCACAUCGCUCUCGCGGUCCCCCUCAGUGAACAUGCAGCAGAGUACGGCCCAAUCUGUAGCUGGGCAAGGUUACACGCCCAAAGUAUCGUUCGACACCUUUGAGAACCCUGCUGCGUCCAUGUUCUCGUUUACCCUGCACGUGCAAUCAGAUGGAUACGCUAGGACCAGAGCGACGAGAGUAUUCCUUUGUGCAUCAAGUCCAGAUGAAAGUGGACGUCAGGCCCUUGAUUGGGCGCUGGAGAGCUUGGUGCAGGAUGGGGACGAGUUGAUCGUCUUCAGAGGCAUUGAUCCAGAGGAUUUAGAGAAGGAUCAUGAAGUCGUCCGAGAAGACGCCCGUGAACUCAUGCGCCAGAUUCAGGAGAAAUGCAUCGAGUACGAUCCAGAGCGGAAGUUGUCCAUCAUUGUCGAGCUCAUUGCCGGCAAGGUCACCACGACUCUCGAACGUUUGAUUGCUCUGUACCGCCCAGACUCAGUCGUCGUGGGGUCGAGAGGUCAGCGCAGCAUGAUGCAAGCCUGGGGUGCAGCUUUCGGCGCGCCAGGUGUGGGCAGUGUCUCAAAGUAUUGUCUCUCACAUUCCCCCGUGCCAAUUAUUGUUGUGCGCCCUGAGAGGAAGGUCAGGAAAGCACUUACCAAGAGACGAGCUGACCCAAAGAGAGGCACUCAUUUUGACGAACUUACGAGGGCUAAGACGCAGAAUAUACAGAGUGUUCCGAUGACUCCCUCUGUCACACGAACGUGAUAGAUUUCAUCUUUGUCUUUUCUUCUGCGACGGUUGUAAUCAUUGACUCUGUACCCAUAGUCACCCUGUAUUGUUGAUACCUGGGCGGGGGGUCUGCCUUCAGCUCGACAGCGUGUAUUUAAAGUCGAUUUGCCAGUGCUUCCAAGUGACACUUUGCAGCAUCUGUGUAGCACUAGUACCGAUAGCGGCCGAAUCCGUUGAAUUUCUUACAGA